AUGUACCGAGGACAGAACGUUCGUGCUGUUCCUAACGUCGCUUCUGACGUCGCUCCGAACGUCUCUCCUGCUGUUCCUGAUGUCGCCCCCGAUGUCGCUCCUCCGGACACUGUCAACGUCGCUCCUAUCGGUCCUGACAUCGCUCCUGAUGCUGUCGGUCCGAGCGUGUACGUCACUGAAAACCAAGAUAUCGGGUUCCUAGAUAUCGACGCGCAGGCGCAGCGAGACGCGUCCUCGUUAUGGUUCAGCCUGACGGAGGCGCGUCUCGCCGUAGACCUGGCAAUGACGCUCUCGGCCAGACGGAUUAAUGUUCUAAUCCUGACGCCGUAUAAUGCCCAGGUCGCCAAAAUUAAAGCCGAUCUCGCCAAUCGCUACCACAACGCGACAAGAAAGCCGCGCAUACUUACGGUUGACUCAUCACAGGGUACCGAGGCAGAGUGUGUGAUUGUUUCUCUGUCAAGGAACGUUAACACACCAGGAUUCCUAAAGUCCAAGCGGCGCUUCAAUGUAAUGACGUCGAGGGCGAGUCAAUCGGUGUUUUACCUGGGUAAGUGGUCGUAUAUUCAAAGCGCCACUCUACAGCAAUCGUCACCAACGCUGUUCGGUAUGCUUGAUCACUACCCGGCGCAUGUCCCACGCUUUGUGAUCGACCCCUCCUAG